UGGGAACAAACAACGGACACUUGCAGAGCGUCAGCUGCACCACUUGACUCUGCAACCAAAUCUUUUUCAAUACUUCCGCCAUUUCUACCGUCCUCGGUUCUUCGUUUCCCAAUCCACUCAAAACCCCUCUCUCUCUCUCUCCUCCACAAUCCCGCCAUUCCCCCCCCCCCCCCUCUCUCUCUCUCUCUCUGAAUGCAUCACUGCACCAUAACCCUGAAACCCCCAAUCCCACACCAUGUAUCCUCCACUCACUCCCACCUGAUAUUUCCCCACAGCCCGAGGCUGACCCAAUCCCAAUCCCCCCUCAUUUUCGCGCCAGUUUACGUUCGCCCCCGUUCCGUCUCCAACCGCACCGCCAGAGCGCUCGAUGUUUCCGUCUCCAAACACUCCCCUAACUCUAGCGCCCCCAAUGGCUCCGUGCACGAUUGGAAGCCAAAGAGCGUCGGCGUUAAAAACGUAGAUGUUGCUACUCUCGGCAAUCUCUGCGUGGAUAUCGUUCUCAGUGUGCCCAAAUUGCCCCCGCCCGAUGUCCGCGACCGCAAAGCUUACAUGGACCUGUUAUCCGCCUCCCCGCCGGAUAAGCAAUACUGGGAAGCUGGUGGAAACUGCAAUAUGGCCAUAGCAGCUGCAAGACUAGGACUUCAUUGCAUCGCGAUUGGGCACGUGGGUAACGAAGUAUAUGGACAGUUCCUUUUAGAUGUUCUUCAAGAUGAAGGAAUUAGCAUGGUUGGAAUGAGUGACAACAAUACCAAUGUUGACAGUUCAGCUGCAUCAUAUGAAACACUUUUGUGCUGGGUUCUCGUCGAUCCAUUGCAAAGACAUGGUUUUUGCAGCCGAGCUGAUUUCAGUAAGGAGCCUGCAUUCAGUUGGAUGAGCAAAUUAUCUGCACAAGUAAAGACUGCUAUAAAACAGUCUAAGAUUCUGUUCUGCAAUGGUUAUGGCUUUGAUGAACUCUCUCCGGGUGUAAUAGCUGCAGCUGUAGAGUAUGCUGUCGAAGUUGGUACAUCGAUUUUCUUCGACCCUGGACCACGUGGUAAAAGCCUUUCUGCUGGUACAACAGAAGAACGCGAAGCACUUAACCUGUUGUUGAGGAUAAGUGAUGUUCUUCUUCUAACUUCUGAUGAGGCUGAGUCAUUGACGGGCAUUAAAAACCCAGUAUUAGCAGGGCAGGAGCUGCUCAAGCAAGGGGUGCUCACAAAAUGGGUGAUUGUCAAAAUGGGUCCAAGGGGUUCAAUUCUAAUAACUAGGUCAAGUAUUUCUUGCGCACCAGCGUUUGAGGUAAAUGUCGUAGACACUGUUGGGUGUGGAGAUAGUUUCGUGGCUGCGAUUGCGUAUGGUUUUAUCCACAAUAUGCCGAAGGUUAACACAUUAGCAGUUGCAAAUGCUGUAGGUGCUGCAACCGCCACAGGUUGUGGUGCCGGUAGGAAUGUGGCAACCUUGGAGAAAGUAAUAGAACUUAUAAGUGCAUCUAAUCUCAAGCAGAAUGACAAAUUUUGGAAUGAGUUAAUUGAUGAAAAUUUUGGUGUCGAGGAAAUUACAUCUCUCUCAAAUUUGGUCGCAGAUGGAAGUGACAACCGGUUAAAUUGUGUAUCCUUGCAGAAGGUGGUAUCCGAAUUGCUUCCUAAGCUUAAAUCUGCACAGUUAGAAAGAAAAGUGCCUUUUUGAUAGAUCAUAACAACAGUAGGUUUAUAGCAAUUGGAGCUACUUGAUUCUCCAGUUUAAUUACACCCUUGGAAUUCUACCACCAUGAAAUUGAGUACUUUCGGGGGAAAACAUGAGUUUCGAGCAGGAGUCAGUGAGCUUGCAUAGCUUGAAGCCUUGAAGUUCAUCUAUUGAUUCAGUCAAUGUUGUAGGCGAGGGUAUUGAUUGGUGCUUCUAGUAUGUGCUUUGGCAAUUGGCAUGAGAUGGCCUUGCUUUCCAGGUUUCUGCAAGCAGAUUUUCUACACACUUGUGCGUAGUUGUUUUAUUCUUUUCACCUUUUCGACAUUGUUAGGGAAGUAAUUUUAACACCGAUGUUUUUCUCCUUUUGCAUGAAUCAAAAGGAGAAUCAAGGGACAAAAAUAAACAUGAGCGGGUAAAAAUAGCGUGUGGAAAUGAUUUCCUUAUUGUUGUUGUUCAGGUGCUUUAGGGCCUGAUAUUUCGUGUAAAAGAAGCAAAAUUGAAUCUUAUUUAUUAUGGGUUUUAUUAUAUCAUACAUCAUUCUUUCA